AUGGCAAGACCUCAUGUUGUAGUCAUACCUUAUCCCGCACAAGGCCAUGUAAUCCCUAUAAUGGAGCUUGCUCAACGCUUAGUCAAGCAAGGAAUCAAAGUUACAUUUGUAAACACAGAGGUUAAUCACAAGCUUGUGACAAGCAAUUCAUUGGUCAAGGAUGGUUUUGGGGAUCUAAUGCAGUUGGUUUCAGUCCCUGAUGGGUUAGAGCCAUGGGAGGACAGGAGUGACCUAUGCAAGUUGACCACGUCAAUAUUACAAACUAUGUCGUGCAAACUAGAAGAGCUUAUAGAAACGAUUAACAAAGAAGGCAGCAGUAAAGUUACAUAUAUUAUUGCUGAUGAUGGAAUGGGAUGGGCCAUAAAAGUCGCAAAGAAGAUGGGAAUCAGAAGAGCGGCCUUCUAG